CUCUACUCCGCGUUUGCUCAAUUCACUACGUCGAGCUCACUGCAUACUAAUGUCCCUUUUGCGCGAAGCAGAGAGAUGCGUUGCCAAUCAGAGUUCAUGCUCCUCCCUGAAUGCCUUGAUCAGCUCAUGGCAUCAGUCCUGCCAAUGGCUGGAUCGUGUGAAUAAGGCAGAUUCGCGGCGCGCACAAGGCCGACCCAAGUCGCGACUAGAUGGACGGCUAGUAGCAAUCAAGGAUAACAUUUGCACGCGCGACCUUCCCACCACCUGUGCCUCGAGAGUUUUGGACAGUUUCAUUAGUCCGUUCAAUGCGACUGUCGUUCAACAAUUGGAGGAUGCUGGAGCUAUUGUUGCCGGGAAGGCUAAUCUCGAUGAAUUCGGCAUGGGUUCACAUUCGGUUAAUUCUUAUUUCGGCCCGGUCAAGAAUAUGUACUGCGGUCGCGAUGCAGAAGAUUUCUCAGCUGGCGGAAGCUCGGGGGGCAGUGCGGUGGCUGUCGCAACAGAACAAUGCUACACAGCACUGGGAACCGACACGGGAGGCUCCGUUCGACUUCCUGCUGCCUACACGGGAUUAGUAGGUUUCAAACCUUCUUACGGACUCAUUUCCCGUUGGGGGGUAGUCGCCUAUGCAAAUUCAUUGGAUACGGUGGGUAUUUUCGGAAGAAAGGUGUCUGGCGUACGUGAUGUUUUCGACAUCCUGAAUCAGCACGACCCGCGAGACCCAACAAGUCUCUCUCUUGAUUCUCGAUCGCGCAUCGAUGCUCAACUUAAUUCAGCUUGCCUUGCGUCGCGGAUGAAGACGAACUCCCUCAAGAUUGGAGUCCCUGUGGAAUACAACAUCUCUGAGCUCGACCCUACUGUACGACGUGCCUGGUCUCGCUCACUGAAUUACAUGCUACACCAGGGACAUUCCAUUCACCGCGUAUCUUUACCAACAACCAAACUUGCUUUGUCUGCUUACUACGUCCUUGCGCCCGCCGAAGCAUCCUCCAAUCUAGCAAAAUUUGAUGGUGUUCGGUUUGGAACGAGCCUUGAUGGUGACAACUCUGAUUCUCAAAUAGCCGGCUAUCUAUAUGCACAGACGCGAGGUCAAGGGUUUGGCCCUGAAGUCAAGCGAAGAAUAUUACUUGGGACAUUUAGUCUGAGCGCCAGCGCUAUAGACAACUACUUCAUACAGGCACAGCGCAUUCGACGUCUCGUACAGCAAGACUUCAAUGCGGUAUUCCUGGCGGACCACCCACUGAUGCCUUAUCGGGUUAAUGACGCCGCUCUGAAACCGACAAGCAACCAAGCCCAGGUUGAUGUUCUAAUAUGUCCGACAGCACCGUCUCCGCCGCCAGUUCUGUCGACCCUAGGUAGCGGAAGUGCCAGUUACUCCCCAUUGCACGCUUAUACAAAUGAUGUCUUUACGGUGCCUGCCAGCUUGGCAGGUCUUCCAGCUGCCUCGGUUCCGGUCACAGUAGGAAGCUCCGAGAGCUUAGCUGGCGUCCAAAUAAUAGGCCAGUACGGUGAUGACGCACUAGUCUUAAGGGUGGCUGAAAUGCUUUCCGGCAAGCGCCUCUAGAGACAGAAUCAACAGGCAUGUACUUUUGAUUACCUAUCUCCAUGGAAAGGAACUUGUAAACUACUUAGUCAAAACUUGUUAGCCAUGAGUAAAGCAAACGCUCCUGGCUUGUGAGGCUUGGCGGCGCCCGAGUGUAACUGCAUGCACUGUCAAUGUACAUACAUUGAUAGGAUUGUUAGCGGCACAAUGAACAUCCUCGAU